AUGAAGCUCGCCGCUACCGGGGCCCUUGUGCUCUUUGUUCGUUCGAUCAUGGGCGCAGGCUGUCCAGACGGCCAAGUUGGUGUUGGUACCGUACAGAGCUGCCUGAUCGUCAACAACAUGCUGACUGAGUGCGGGGCGACGCAGGGUGUCGUAUUUGGAGCAGGCAAUUGCGACCAAGCCGAUAUCGAGAACAUGUUCCAGGAGGACGGAUACUGUCAGCCCAGAACUUUCCUUCAUGGCGCCAAGGUUUUCUGCGAAGACGAUGACAUAACCGUCACGUCUGUUGCAUACGAUCUAGCGACUUGGGGGAAUUGCAAAAAACAACAUGUCGAUUGUUCUGCCGGGCCACUUCAGUACCUAUAUAUUGAUUACUGUUGCGAGAAGAUGUAG